ACAACCCAGCCAAUCAGAGAAAUGUAACAGUUACACUGACUGAACAGGAAGAGAAAAGAAAAAGAAAAUCAAGUGAAAGAAAGGAGAGAACGCAGCAGGAAUAUAAACGCACUAAGGAAGAGCUACACAGAAUAGAUUAAGCCAACAAAAGGCAAAAUAAGAAUGAAAAGGGCAAAAGCAAGUUCAAGGCAGAUAGUAGGUAUCAGCUCCAGAUGCCAACAGGAUCAGUUUCAGUGGAUGAUAGAUAUGUUUGCUUCACAUUUAUCUGAGCUUGUGACAGAGGUGAAGUAUUAUCCAAUCACUAAUGAGAACUCAGAUGAGUGGAAGAAAGAAGUGAAGGGAUGUUCUUUUGGGAUCUUAUACCACAGUCUGAAACAUGGACGGAUCAACAUUACUGACGUGGAAGGCUCACUGUAUGACAAGGAACUUCUCUAUAUGUCACAAUGUCUAGACAAGGAGAAUGUUAUGGUUGUGUUGGAUGAUCUAGAACAAACCACAGAGGAGGAAACUAAGAGAAUCCUAAGAACCCAGCCCAGCAUAAAACAUUGUUCAUCUCUUCUCCUUCUAACUGCAAAGAAGGAUAAGGAAAAUUACUUUCUAUUCCAGAUUGAUGCCAUUUCUCCACUUCUGAACACAGUAAAAUCCCGCUCAUCGUCUGCAUUCGCCAUUAAGAAUACCUCAAGUACAGAAGCAAGGUCAUUGUUAAAAUCCCACUCAUCAUCUUUAUUUACUUAUCCAAAUUUCUCCAGUCCAGAGGCAAGAUCAUCCGGUGAUUUUACAGAGAACAGAGCACAACCUAGGAUGACUCCUGUAGCCGCAGAAUGUGUUUCUGCUCAACAACUGAUGUUGAAGAUAGAAGAUUUAAAGAAAGAGAUGUCCAACCAGACCCAGCAGAUUAAAGAUUUAAAGAAAGAGAUGUCCAACCAGACUCAACAUAUUGAAGAUUUAAAGAAAGAGAUGUCCAACAAGACUCACCAUAUUGAAGAUUUAAAGAAAGAGAUGUCCAACAGGACUCAACAUAUUGAAGAUUUAAAGAAAGAGAUGUCCAACAGGACUCAGAAGACUGAAGAGUUAAAGAAGGAGUUGCCCAACCAGGACCAGCAGAUUGACAAGUUAAAUAAGCAAGAUUUUCAGCAGUCACAAUUGUAAGAAAAAUCAGUGUGAAUUGUCCUCUCAGCAUAAUCAAAAUGUGGUAAAGCAAAUGGAGUCAGAAGACCAAAAGCCGCAGCCUCAUCUUUCAAAUACUGUUGCAGUGACACACAAUCCUACUCAUCAAAUUAUGUAUACUAGUAAAUCAUAAUACAAUACUGAGAAAAUGCUGAUCAACAGAAUGUGCUUACUUGAUUUCUACUAAAGCAGUUACAUUUUUCCUAAUAUGAACUGUAGGUUUAGCCCCCACACAAAUACAUCUACAACAAAACAAAAAGCAGUACAUACUUAAAUGAAUUGUUCAGUGUAAAAAUAAAAACUGGGUAAAUAGA